GGGAGGCAGCAACUGCAUGAGCUUAGGAAUUGAAACCAGAUAACGAAUGAUCAGGCUAUUUGUGCACUCGAUGUAGGAAUUUUAGGGGUUACAAAUUAAAUUAGCAAGUGUUAAAUUAAAAAUAAGGAAGUUGAAAGAACGCGUAUUCAAUUCACUGAUUGUGAAUUAUUGUUUUUGACCGCAAUUAUUUUACUCACUUGUUUGAGGCGGACGCACAGAGUUCUACCCCUUCUGUUUUGAGGCUGAAGUUGUUGCGCAAGGCAAAUGUGAGAUCCACCUGCAAUCUACAGAGGAGUCUGCAAUCUACGGAGGAGCCUUCCAAUAUUUGGAUGUAUGUGCUCUGGAAUAUAAAGUGGUUUAUUUUCAGAAGGCAGGAAAAAUAAACGUUUUUCCCCCUUGUUUGGUAUUUCAGCCUCGCAUCAAUUCUUACACGGGCAGUUGAGCGAAUUUAUUUAAUAUUUUGACCACACGGAAAAUGAAAAUAUCUUUUAUCAGGGCUCGUGCAACCUCGAGAUCUCUUUGAAUCAUUAAAAAUAAACAUAAUUGGUCUCCACACUUUCAGAAAUCAGGACAGGGGCAAAGUCCGGAGAGGAUGAGGAGUCGCUGGGUGAAGCAUGAGCUGCCAGGGAAUCGGUCUUAGACAGGUGCCUGUGCUGCUCUUAUGGGAGGGGGUCGCUCUGGGCCUGUUCUGCUGCUGGACAUGGGCUGGGGUUGCUGCCGCCGCGGCCGGACCCAGUGAUGGCGGUGGUGCUGGGCCCAUGGGCUGGCUGCUGUCGGACAAAGGGCCCUUCCACAAUGCCCUGGAGUUCACGGAGUCUGUGGAGAGACACCAGCAAGGCUACACCACCAGAUACAAGAUCUACAGGGAGUUUGGCAGAUGGAAGGUCAACAGCCUGGCGGUGGAGUGGCGUGACAACAGUGGCGGCCUGGCUCCGCCCCUCGACCCUGACUUCAUGCACACGGUCAGGCAGCUUGGGAGGCGGCCCACACUCCGCAGGAUCACUGAGAAAAUCAUCAAGAAGUACGGGACUCACCUCCUACUCUCCGCCACGAUGGGAGGGGAGGAGUCCUUGACGAUAUUUGUGGAUAAGAGGAAGCUAAGCCGCGACCCGGAACCAUGGGCUGGAGCUCAGGGCAGCAGACACAACGUUACGGGGGCCAUGGCAGGGGCGGUGACCCUGGAGGCCCUUCACCAGCUGGCUGCCUCCUACUUCACCGACAGGGAGAGCACUCUGCGCCGGCUCCACCACCUCCAGAUUGCCUCCACUGCCAUCAGGGUGACUGAAACCAGGACGGGCCCGCUUGGAUGCAGUAACUAUGACAACCUUGACUCUAUCAGCUCAGUACUGGUCCACAGUCCAGAAAACAAGAUCCAGUUACAAGGACUCCAGGUAAUUCUACCAGCCUACCUGCGGAGCCGCUUCGUCCAAGCAGCCCUCAGCUACAUCGGCUGUAACUCGGAGGGCCAGUUUGUUUGCAGGGCCAGUGACUGCUGGUGCCAGUGCAGCCCGGACUUCCCACAGUGCAACUGUCCACAGACGGACCUCCAUGCCCUGGAGAACAACCUACUGCGCCUCAGGGAGGCUUGGACACUGGCCAACCAGGAGUUUGUGGAAUCAGAGGAGUUCCAAAGUUUUGUUGGAAGGUUGCCAACCCAUUACGCCGUGAACACAUCUGUCGUGGAGCACUUGUGGAGCAUGGAUGGGGGUCUGCUCCAACGCUAUAGGCAGCUGGAGACCACGAGUGGCCUGCUCCUUGACAAAGCACGUCGCGCCGCGAACAAGCUCUUCAGUCUUAGCAAGAGAUGCCGCCAUCGGCCCAGGAUAGUGCUGCAGAGGGAGAGACCCCUUCGCUACUGGCUGAGCUACAUCCUGUCCCUUCUGUACUGCAGUGAGAAUGACCACAUCGGCCUGUACUCUGUGGAGACCCGCAGCUGCUCCUGCCCCUACCUCCACCCCCCCUGCCAGGGCCCCAUCCCCUGCUCAGUAGGAGAGGGCCCCCGCUGCACCUCCUGUUCCACUGAGAACCGCACCCGCUGCUCCAGCUGCAACUCGGGCUUUACCCUGGGCCAGGGGCUGUGCCGACCUGCCGUGCCUGACCCAACGGACCCCUACCUGGGCUUGGAGAGCGACCGCGACCUCCAGGACCUGGAGCUGUGCUACCUGCUCCAGCACCGGGACCCGCGCAUCACCUUGCACGGCAUCUUCGUCAGCAACGACGUUCGCCUCAACGCCUGGUUUGACCCGUCGUGGCGGAAGAGGAUGCUGCUGACCUUGAAGAGCAACCGCUACAAGUCCAACCGUGUGCACAUGCUCCUGGGGGUGGCGCUCCAGGUGUGCCUGACCAAGAACAGCACGCUGGAGCCUGCGCUGUCCGUGUUCGUCAACCCGUUCGGGGGCAGCCACUCGGAGAGCUGGACCAUGCCCAUCGGCCAGCACGGCUACCCCGACUGGGAGCGGACCAAGCUGGAUAUCCCCCUGGACUGCUACAACUGGACCUUGACACUGGGCAACCGGUGGAAGAGCUUUUUCGAGACAGUGCAUUUCUACCUGAGGAGCCGCAUUAGGGAUUCGGUGCCAGGAUUGGCUCCAGGGCCAGAGGUUAGGGGACACAGGAACGCUAGUACAGUGUACCUGGAAUCACCAGAGGGCACCGUGGAACCAGUGGUAGCAUCUUCAUCCCAGAACAUGGGCUACAUGAAGAUCAACAGCAUGCAGCUGUUUGGAUACAGCAUGCACUUUGACCCGGACACCAUCCAGGACCUGAUCUUGCAGCUGGACUACCCGUACACUCAGGGAUCCCAGGACUCGGCCCUGCUGCAGCUGGUGGAGAUCCGCUACAGGGUCAACCGACUCUCUCCUCCAGGGGCUCAACAGAUGGACCUGUUCUCAUGUCUGCUCCGUCACAGACUGAAACUGUCCAGCUCUGAAGUGACCAGAAUACUGGCUUCCUUACAGGCUUUCAGUGCCAGACAACCAAACUCUGUGGAGUACGAAGCAACCAAACUAUGUAGUUAAUAAUGAGCGGUGGGCAGGGCCAAUGUGAUGUUUUUUUGUAUUAACCCAAUCAGAGACAAUGUCUGCCACAUAAGCUUAUAGAUUUUGUCCAAUGGGUCCAUUUGUGUCGGUGUACACUGUUCAUGGCUUUAGUUGUAUGUAAGUGUCAUUGAAUUUGAUGUUUUUAAUCACUCAAAUCAAUCAAAUUGCUUUCAUUUGUGUACUUUUAUACAUUUUAGGAAACAAACCAUCAAUUGGUUAUUACAUUGAUACUAACAUGCACCCGACUGGAGCAUGUGAGUGAGAGAGAUGGGAGUGAGACGCUGCAUAUGGGCUGUGUUUGUACUGACCAUCUGAAGCUGCAGAAUACAUUGUCUCACAGUGUCUCUAUUCUCCAAUGGGGAGAGAAGGCAUCAUUGGCACAGAUUACCAAGCAUAUAGUGGGGAGAUUGAGAGUAGUAGCCUCCUACUCUGUACCUGGCUGACAUUCACAUUUACUAUGAGGGAUGAGGGAGGGAAGCAGAGAGACAUGCAAAGCAUCAAACACGGGCUAGGUAUCAAUGGCCAUGAUCAGAGAUACAGUUGAAGUCUGACGUUUACAUACACCUUAGCCAAAUACAUUAAAACUCAGUUUUUAACAAUUCCUGACAUUUAAUCCUAGUAGAAAUUCCCUGUUUCAGGUCAGUUAGGACUCAGCACUUUAGUUUAAGUAUGUGAAAUGUCAGAAUAAUAGUAGAGAGAAUGAUUUAUUUCAGCUUUUAUUUCUUUCAUCACAUUCCCAGUGGGUCAGAAGUUUACAUACACUCAAUUAGUAUUUGGCAGCAUUGCCUUUAAAUUGUUUAACUUGGGUCAAAUGUUUCAGGUAGCCUUCCACAAGCUUCCCACAAUAAGUUGGGUGAAUUCUGGCCCAUUCCUCCUGACAGAGCUGGUAUAACUGAGUCAGGUUUGUAGGCCUCCUUGCUCGCACACGCUUUUUCAGUUCUGGCCACAAAUUCUCUAUAGGGCUUUGUGAUGGCCACUCUAAUAUCUUGACUUUGUGGCCCUUAAGCCAUUCUGCCACAACUUUGGCAGUAUGAUUGGGGUCAUUGUCCAUUUGGAAGACCCAUUUGCGACCAAACUUUGGGGCGGCAGGGUAGCCUAGUGGUUAGAGCGUUGGACUAGCAACCAGAAGGUUGCGAGUUCAAACCCCCGAGCUGACAAUGUACAAAUCUGUCAUUCUGCCCCUAAACAGGCAGUGUUCCCAGGCUGUCAUUGAAAAUAAGAAUCUGUUCUUAACUGACUUGCCUGGUUAAAUAAAGGUAAAAUAAAAAUAAAAUUCCUGACUGAUGUCUUGAGAUGUUGCUUCAAUAUAUCCACAUAAUUUUCCUUUCGUCAUGAAGCCAUCAAUUUUGUUAAGUGCACUAGUCCCUCCUGCAGCAAAGCACCCCCACAACAUGAUGCUGCCACCCCUGUGCUUCACGGUUGGAAUGGUGUUCUUCGGCUUGCAAGCAACCCCCUUUUUCCUCUAAACAUAACGAUGGUCAUUAUGGCCAAACAGUUCUAUUUUUGUUUCAUCAGACCAGAGGACAUUUCUCCAAAAAGUACAAUCUCUGUCCCUAUGUGCAGUUGCAAACCGUAGUCUGGCUUUUUUUUUAUGGCGGUUCUGGAGCAGUGGCUUCUUCCUUGCUGAGCGGCCUUUCAGGUUAUGUCGAUAUAGGACUCGUUUUACUGUGGAUAUAGAUGCUUUUGUACUGGUUUCCUCCAGCAUCUUCACAAGGUCCUUUGCUGUUGUUCUGGGAUUGAUUUGCACUUUUCGCACCAAAGUACGUUCAUCUCUAGGAGACAGAACGCAUCUCCUUCCUGAGCGGUAUAACGGCCGCGUGGUCCCAUGGUGUUUAUACUUGCGUACUAUUGUUUGUACAGAUGUACGUGUUACCUUCAUGCAUUUAGAAAUGGUUCCCAAGGAUGAACCAGACUUGUGGAGGUCAAAGAUUUGUUUUGAGGUCUUGGCUGAUUUCUUUUGAUUUUCCUAUGAUGUCAAGCCAAGAGGCACAGAGUUUGAAGGUAGGCCUUGAAAUACAUCCACAGGUACACCUCCAAUUGACUCAAAUUAUGUCAAUUAACUUAUCAGAAGCUUCUAAAGCCAUGACAUCAUUUUCUGGAAUUUUCCAAGCUGUUCAAAGGCACAGUCAACUUAGUGUAUGUAGUGUUCUGACCAACUGGAAUUGUGAUACAGUGAAUUAUAAGUGAAAAAAUCUGUCUGUAAUCAAUUGUUGGAGAAUUACUUGUGUCAUGCACAAAGUAGAUGUUCUAACCGACUUGCCAAAACUAUAGUUUGUUAGCAAGAAAUUUGUGGAGUGCUUGAAAAACAAGUUAAUGACCUAAGGGUACCUAAGGGUACGUGAACUUCCGACUUCAACUGUAGUUCUCACGCGGAGCAAGAGGGAGUUGAUUUAAAGUCUCAAAGACCAUUGGGUAAAUCUUAAAUAGCACUUGUGCAGAAGUCACUAGUAGUCAAGAAAUCUAGAUUCAUAAGACAUUUUCUCCUGGGGGUAAAUGAGAGACUUGAUUUUCUGAUAUUCUCUACUAACCACUGCUCAUAUUGAAUUUAAAGAGGAUGAGAGCUGAAGGGAUUAUGCAGUGUGAUGGUACUUUAUGGAGGUAGGGGGUAUUUUUCGACUGGGUGUUUUUCUGUAGUCUAAUAGUGAGAAGCUUGUACAUGUUAUUUAUGCCAGACUUUUUAAAAAUCAAAUAAAAAACAA